CCGAUCAAAAGCAUGUGUCAAAAUGUCUGGUUUUCUCACAGACAGUCCUUGAAAUCCAGUCAAUGAAGUACACAGAAACACUCUCUCCCUGCUCUGAAUGGAGCCACCCUAAUAAAAGUUGAAAUGGAGGAUGAAGAUGGUACUUGUUUACUUGAUGUUUUAUGUGACCCUCAAGCCCUGAACGACUUUCUUCAUGGGACAAACGAGCUGCCAAGUGGAGACUUACUCAUUAAUUCAUCCUCUGGAGAGCCGUCACUCCUCACAGACACUCCAAGCCCUGCGUCUCUGUUAGCAGAUGAUGCUAGUUCUCAGGACACUCCUGUCUCUGGCUGUGUGGAUCUCUCCUUUCUGGAGGAGGCACUGCUGGCAUCACCGGCAUCCUCACUAGGAAGUGGAGGUCCAGAGGCGCAAGAAGAUCCCAAUGUCCAACUAGUGGAACAGCAGAAAGAGUCCGAAGAGAUCUGUGACAUUCUCCAGCAGAGUCUCCAGGAGGCUGACAUCACAGAAGACACUCUCGCACUGGAAGCAGGACUUGCCCAGAUAGUAGAAACUCUCCAGCUUGGUUUGUCUGGCACAUCCCUUCCUUUGCCUGCAACGCCAUAUUUCUCCAAACCAUUGACCGCUCCUGGAUUGAUCUCUUUACCAAAGGACACUCAAACAGCAGUGGAGCCUCCUCAGCCAUCUUUGUUAGCUGUUGGCCCAGGCUGCCCCUCACUCAAACCACCAGGAACCCAGUUAAUGAGUCUACUUCCUGGGAAUGUAUUCCCCACACCUCCACUCGAGGCAUCCUUUUCUAUUAAUUCAGCACAAAGCACCAGCAUGAUUAUCCAAAAGACCCUACCAAGCCUCACAAGCCGCCAGAUGUUGGCCUCCACCGUUAGAACAAUUACCCCAUCAGGGGUCAUGUUACAAAAAACUCUUCUACCCAUUCAACCUAAGUUACCAGUCAACAUCCAGCCCAGGCUUCUACAGCUCAGUCCCAGGCCAGGAUUUGCCUUCAUCUCAACAAAUACACCACAGAGUGUCUUGUUAUCCCCUUCUGUUGGCUCAAAGCAGUCCUUACAAGCACAGUCCACACCAAGUGUCAGCAAACCUGUUAGCUUCAAUCUGGUUGGUCAGCGAGGACCAAUUGUCAUUCAGCCCCAGGAUCCUUUUCAAGGCCAGAGACAAUUCUUUCUGCCGAGCCAAACACCUGCAACUACGUCCCAAUCUACCAGCAUACCAAGGUCUAUUCUUAGUACACCAAGCAAUCAGGUGUCUAACAAACCCAAUGUCGACAGUUCUCAUAUUGUGACUGUACGGCCAAGGCAAAUCAACUUCAGCCCUAUUUUCACCUCCUCAACUACACAACUCACCCUCAAACAAGGGGCUCUUCUGUCGGGGUCCUUACCAAUUCAGUCAAUACUUCCUACAGUCUUCCAGAUGCCAACACAGCUAGCAGGGACCUAUGCACCUCAAUUGCAGUGGCAGCAUGAUGCAGUAGUUCAAAACACUGUCGGAAACCAGAUCACAUUGAUUAAUAAUGCCAAUAUGCUUAUUCCUGAUAUGACCACCAUUCCAAUAGUAAAUGGUCAGUCAGUGAUACAAAGUCUGCCUUUGGUGCCUCAAGCCCAAAAUGCUCUAAUAGGGGGACCUGAGGGAAAGGUGCGUCUAACCCAGAAUUCAGUGCUUCUCCUGCCUGAGAGAACAAUAGAUCAGCAGGAGAAUGUCAACAAACCGUUUCAAGAGAGCAGAUUGCUUCCUCCAGCUUCAAUGGAAUCACCCGUUGCAGAGACUCACUCUCUGCCCUCUCCAGUAUCAACUCUACUACAGUCAUCACCAGAUAUCAGUUGUGACCCUGAGACAGUUUUGUCAUUAUCCCCACAACUGAUCACUCAGACAGGAGAGCAACAAUUUACUGAAGGAGAACAUAACCUAUUUCAUCACAAUCAGGAUUUAGUAUGUCCAGUACCGUCAGCCAGCCAAGAUUUGUUAGCUGCAACUCUGCUUGUGCAAAUGGACAACCACAUCUCUUCUGCUGUAGGUGAAGCUGAGGAUUCGCUCACAUCUUUGACUACAUCUGAGACUUUCUCUUCAUUGUGUGAGAGUGAAGAGAUUCUGAUGCCAGCAUACCAUGAUUCAGAACACACUGAUAUUCUAUUGCAAACUCCUAUUGGCCAGUGCUCUGUAAAGACCUCAGACGACACAAAGGGCUCAACAGCCCCAGUUUCAGAUGAGCAGGAUUCCUCUGUGUUGAUUGCUCUUGAUGCUGACCCCAAGUGUCAAGAGGGGCUAGUAACGAGUAAGAGACCUUCCUCUUCCUCAGAGAAGUUGUGUAUGUAUCCAGAGCAAUUGGGCCAUAGUCAUGUGUUAACUGAGCUCAGCAGAAACUCAGAGUCAACAGCCCAUGUGUACAAGCAGCAAUACAAUGAACAUGACACAGAGCUCACAGUCCCUAGGAACACUGGGAUAAUCUCUUUGGAUCAGCAUCAGUUACAGGAGAAGGUAUAUCUCGGGCCCAGGCUGCUUGCACAGGACAAGACCUACUCAGCACUUCAGAAGAACCAGGUCCAGACGUCAACUGCAAGCGUGGAUCCAAAAGAGGAGAAGCUGAGACUAGCAAAGAGGCAACACAGGUUCAAACAGCAGAUGUUUUUGGACCACAGUGCUGUUCUCAACCCAAACACUUCGGCUCCAUUUGUUUCAGUAGAGGAUGCUUUGAGACAUUUGUUGCCGUACCAUUCUUGUGCUAGAGCUCUACCCAGCCAGGCUGACUUUAUCUCAGUCGACAAGCAGUUUGAGUGCGUUUCAGUCGUUCUGUUGAAACAAAUCAAAGACAUGCUGAACAAGUACAGGAAACAACUUCUGGCUGAAUCCCAGCAGGAGAGCCCAUCAGCAGAGAUGGUGAUGCUAGAGCGUUUGUUUCUCCAGUCAGAGAGAGUCUCACUGGCAGAAGACAGACGCAGAGCCAGAAGAGAACCAGCAGAGUCCUUCCUCAUGUCCCAGCCCAAGAACUUAUCUCAGCACAGCCAAGCGUCGUCAGUCCACACUGGCCUUGCCGGUUGUCCUGCAUCUCCACCAUCGUGGACCUUGCAAUCUGACAGACCUCCUGGCCUCAAGACAUAUCGCUCCAGCAGCAAAGGAGCAAUACGCCUCACUAUCAAACAUGAGUCAGGAUCCCGCAAAGUUAUCCACAACUCAUGUGACGCCUCGCAUGCCAUCUCUGGGUUUAAACGAAACUACAGCGGGCAGUUAACUAAGGGAGGAGCCAUUCACAGGAAAGAUGAAUCACUUAAGCCUCCUUUGUCAAAUGUUGCAGAGAACAAAAAUGAUCAAAGGCCAGAUCAGCAGAACAAGCUAAAAUUGGACCUUGACAUGGAAACAAUAAGGACAGGUAGUGAUUCGCAGAACUUCUCUGCUUCUGUGGCCAGUCAAGACUAUGUAAUUCCAAGGGUGCAAGGUUUGCUUCCAGAGCAGUGCACUCCAAUGCUUAAAAGGAACAAGCUGGCUACUUCGGCAGCAGUGUCUCCCAAUUUGCCUGCAUUAGUGGAAGACGGGGAACUGAGUGAACACCUGCAAAGUGCUUUAGACAGCAUCCUGGAGCUGCAAAGGUUGCAGGGUUCUUAAACCCAAGAUUCCACUGGAUCAGGCCGUCCGCUGCAUGCUAGAAGGACAACUAUGAGACAGAAGAGCUAGAUGAAAGGAAAAGCCUCAA